AUGGCGGCCUUGGUUCCCGAGCACUCUGGUCUGCAGCAUCCUCCUGAGGAUAUGGCUAACUCCAAAGGAACCCCAGCCAACGCCGUUCCUGAUGAUCUACCGGCCACGAACGAGACGGCACGCGAAACCGGCUCCGCGGGUGUACCCUACCCGAUCAUUGGGGGUGACGGCCCUGACAAAGACUUUUACACUAAACGCCCGGCUAGUACUCCUGCAAAUUUCUCAACUGAUCAUCAGAAAGAAAAGUUUCGCGAAAAGGAUUUGGGAACACACGAUAUAAAUCGUAUAGAUAGCGACAAUCUGUGGAAUACCCUCAUUGGCUCUGGUAUCAAAGAACAGGAACUACGCGUUGUACGUGACGAAAUACGCAAGUGGCUUCGGGAGUGGUGUCCUGGCAGAGACGAUGAAUGGCUCAUGCACUGGUUUCUUAACGUUGACUCUGGCACCAAGGUGUUCGUAUUAUCCGACGUUAGUUGGAACAAAAUGCUGUCUCAAAUCUCCCUUGACAACAUACUUGUGCUUCGCUAUGUUCUUAAGGAGCAAAAUGUAAAAUUGCUGGCACAUUACCUUGGCAAGGGUCUAGACGCGGAUGGUAUUUGGUCUUUUGAUAGAGAAAGACCUUGUAACAACCCAAAACUUGGUGGGCGUUGGCUUGGUCCUUUAAGACAGUGCCUCAAACCCCCUCCAUCCAAUAUGUACACCGGGAAAUUUCACCCCUCCAAUGCGAUGUUUGGACAGCCUAUCUAUCCUCAGGUGACAUUUCCAACUGCAAGUGCCGUUGAAGAUUCGCGGCGGACAACUGCCGCGGCGAUGCCAAAUCAUCCUCGAGCUAUUGUGAAUAGUACUUCGCAGUCUCGGCCGAUCAGCUCAGUCAAGCAGCACGCCACAACUUCUCCGCGGACGAAUGUGGUCUCGCCCAGUAACCGCAACCAGCCUCGUCGUUCUGUGAAUGCUGCAAACAACGUCGGACCAGCUGUUGUGCCACAGACCCAAGCCUCUCCUUCUCCUCUCCCUCGAAAGGAUCGACCUGUUCAGCAUGCCACGACUGACGGGAAAAGUCCCCUCACACAAGCUCAGCCAUCUAGCUCGAAAAGCCCUCGGCGAAAUCAUGCGAGACGGUCUGGUCCUAUCGCUCCCAUGGCGGCAAAACAUACGCCGACUCAGCCUCGGGGCCCAAUGACGAAUGGCAAUGGGAAGCCGGUCGGCAGAUAUAUCCCUGACAAGAUGGGCCAGACAGGCCCUCCAAUGUCUCACAACGGACCUCCAACACAAUCUCCGCAGACUAGGAAACAGGGAGGUCUCGCAAGCAAUGCUUGUGUCGAGCCGCCUUGCAAGCCGCGGUCCGACGGGUGCUGCGCAGUGUCGUCUGGCGAUGCGCCUUACGUUAAUAGCACAGCCUAUGGAGAUGGAGGUUCCAUGCAGGGUAAUGGUAGCUACAACGGCGCCCUUGUACAACCUGCCAUGUAUGAUAGAGCUUUCCAAGCACAAUCUUCGUAUCAAUUGCCCGCAGCCGCACCGGGACGUAACGCGUCUCCGGCUGGGACAACAUCUACCCUUAAGGAUGGCAGCUCCACUCGAGGAGGCGACAAGAACAAAGGGCGACGAGGCCCCCAAAACCACAGGCCUCAAGCUGAAUACCCUGUCCAAGAUGGCAAGGGGUCGUUCUAUUCCCAGAAUUCCCAUCAGAUUGACACUGCACGAGGAGGCUACGGCAACAAUACGUAUCAUUACCACAACCGCGAUCCUGAUUACGAAGAUCGAGAGAUAUCGAGACAUAGGAGGAGCGUUUUUGCAAGAUUUGAAGAGCGGUCUCACGGGCAUCCCGAAGAUAUCAGGAGCCGUUUAAAGAGCGCAAUGACGGGUCAAUUCGGCAAGGUUGAAAACGUCUUUCAUGCUUCUAGGAAAAAUGGUAGAGUUUUCAUAGUUCUAUUUGAAUGCGAAGCUUCUGCGGUAAAGGCCUUGAAAUCUACAUGUUUAGAGAACCGAGAGAAGGGUAUCAAAAUCGAGAUUAGGCGGCCGUAUAUGAGGCAAUGGAAAAAUGAUCCGUAUGUCAAUAGGGGAGGGCGGCCUGGCACCCAGCAGUGUCAGCCAUACCAGAACGAACCUCAUUUUCCUAUGGGUAACGGGAUGCCUCCGCCUGACAGCCAGCAACGUCAGCCAUACCAGAACGUGCCUCAUUUUCCCAUGGCUAACGGGAUGCCUCCGGCUGGCAACCAGCAAGGGUAUAACGCCCGUAGUCUACACAACCUACGGCCAGCUGAUCCAAUGAUGAUGAGGAAUGUGCCGCAUAGACUGUAUCGGAAUCUUCUUGGGGCUGGGGCCUACGAGCGAGGAACUCAAGCCCAUGCUUCUAGGUCAUCUUUCCCUCAACCAAUGAUGCCACAGCAAGCGCCUCCCCAGAGCCCCCAAGUGUUCCAAAUCCCCAGGCAGGAGGCUAGCAAAGUCAUCCCAAAACAGGAUGAGGAGAAGACUACGAAGCCGGCGGCCGAUCAAGAGGCAUCAAAGUCAUUGGAGUGGAAGGCUCAGUCAAAGCCGCCUUCUGAGGAGGCCUUAGAGAACGACGAUCCUUUUGAGAACGAUAGAGCUAUAACCCCUACCAGCCAAGGAAGCAAAUCUUCCCAGACUUCAAACCGGAAAGUGAGGGUGUCACUUCCAUCAGUCUCACCACCCAGGCUUACUCAGUCUACGGCAUCUAAAAUCGAGAGACCGAUAAAAGAGCCAGGCAAAUCACCAGUGGGCCAAGAGCCGCCUCCGAAAUUAAGAAAUAACCUAGAUGAUGUCAUUACACCAAUUAAGCCUUCUCAUACUAGACAAGUUCCUGAUGAGAAAUCAUUUGAAGUUCCUCCUGAGAUUAUAAAGGGAUCCGAAACUUCAGCUACCACCACGACCGCAGUGACUGGCACGCGCAGCAACCUCACUGCAGAACAAAUCAAGCGGAGGCGAGCGUAUUCGAACAUGAUUGCGGUGCCCUUGAGUCCUUCCCAGGUCAAGAAGACAACUUCCACGGAGAACAAUCCUGGCAACGCCAUCAGGGACAAAGCUGCAUCUGCUAAGUCUCUCCCUUCCGAUACCGCCUGCCAUGUACCUAAGCCAGCUCAACACAUACCGGAUGCCGAGACCUCCAGUAUCAAGUCUGACGAGUCCAAAACCAUGUCGGCUUCUAGCUCACCAAGCAACCGUUCACCAUCUAGUAACCCUAAGAAGACGCCGGACAAUUAG